AUGGAGAAUGGCUAAUGGUCGGUUGGGAUGGAAUGCUACUAACGCCUUCAAUGUACUUUUCUACGUUGGUAUGAUACUAUUUAUCGUCGGCUUCAGUUGUCCUGCCUGGUCUUACAAUGAGUCGGCUUACUACAGUCAGUACGCGGGAUUGUGGUCUUGUAAAGAGAGCAGUUAUUGUUCUCUUAUUAUGUACGGUAAGACCAUUUUCAAAUCGAUGUUUCCCUUCUCUUUCAUUCUCAUUAAAAUAGAGGAGUCGUCUUAUUUAUAUAAUGACAUUAAUGUUUCUUGUCUUCAAACGGCAAGUUAGACCUUUAAAAAUAGAAAUAAAAUGCCCAUUUUAUAUUGAAUAUAAAAUUGUAUGUUUACCCUUUUUCUUUUGGCAUUAUCGCAGAGAUUUUAUUCUCAUGUUUUGCAACAUUUUACAGUUAUUAUACAACGAUUUUAAAAAAAAUGUAAAUAAGUCUUUAGUCUUAGUUUAAAUGAAAUUAGAAAGAUAUAUAUAUUUUUUUAAAGAUGUUUUAUUAGGAUUGUUUAGGUCUUUUUUUCUGGUUGGAAUAUUGUACAUAAAUUUUUUAAAUCACACCUAUUUUCUUGCUUUCUUGCACUCGUCUAUUUUGUUUUAAUUGCAAUCCUUUGUGUGUGUGUGUGUGUGUGUGUGUGUGUGUGUGAUUGUGUGUGUGUGUGUGUGUGUGUGGGUGUGUGUGUGUGUGUGUGAGUGUGUGUGUGUGUGUGUGUGUGUGUGUGUGUGUGUGUGUGUGUGUGUGUGUGUGUGUGUGUGUGUGUGUGUGUGUGUGCGUUUUGGUUUAUUUAAUUGUACACAAAAAAAAAGGCUUUAGGAUGUCUAUAUUUUCACACGGGCUGCAACCAAAAUUCCCUUUAAGCUGCGCGGCCGCGCAGCUAUCUCAAAGACGCCGCGCAGCCGUUUUGAGUAUCCGCGCAGCAAAUUUUCAUGUAACUGUGUGUUUGCGGGCUGUAAAAUUUUGCACAAAAAAAUUGCUGUUGCAAAACUUUGCACAUAAUUGUAUGAUUUUGCACAUAAACCAGUUAACUAAUUAUAAAAAGUGUUGGACUGCAAUAAAGCUUUAAAAUAUAUUAAAAUGUUCGUGUCUUAUUAACACAUAAACCAGCAAACCUUAGAGGGAACAUGGGCUGCAACUAAACUCAGUCAGACGGGACGCAACAUAGUUUACUUAGAAGUUAACAUGCAAGACUCUAGUGCAGCAUCAGACUGGACGCAAUAUAGUUUACUUAGAAGUUAACAUGCCAGUCUUCAAGCGUGGCUCGUUUGCAACACAACGAAGCUUUGCUAAACCUUGUUUAUAAUUAUUUUUUUUUAAAUUAAAUGACGCUUGACCUCAUUUUGUUAACAUUUAAAACCUAAGUAAGAUUUUGUAGAGGAGGGGAAACGAUAAAAUAUAUGAAGCGACUUUCCACCUCUACAAAAUGUGGUAAUAAAUUAAAAUAAACAACCAAAUCGGUCUAUAACCAAUUUUUAUCCGGAAAUUUGUUUGAAAGAAAUUUCAUCGACUGAAAAUUGAUUGACGAAAGUUUGAUCGAAUGGAAAUUUGGUCGAAUUUUCUUUCAGUUCACACGCUCUAAUUUUGCGUCAAAUUUAUUUUUGAACGCAUUAUUUUGUUUUACUAUAUAGCAUAGUGCAUUCAAAAGAAAUUUGACGAAAAUUUGAUCGUGUGAACUGAACAAAAAAUCUACCAAACUUACGUUCGAUCAAACUUCCGUUCGAUCAAAUUUCCAUCCGACCAAACUUUCGUCGAUCAUUUUUCCGUCGACGAAAUUUCUUUCAAACGAAUUUGCGGUAAUCAUAAAAGAUUCGACACGAAAUCAAAUUUUUGUAUUCAUUCUCUCUGCCAAAUAAUUUUUUUUUUACCAAGAAUUGUAACUUUAAAAUGUGUCACUCCUUUUAUUAUCUAUUUUAGGUAAACCCACGGCCGCACAGGCUCUCGAAUGUGUUGCUUUAGUUGCACACAUCUUAUCAGCAGUAGGUGUGGCGUUCUUUUAUUAUGUCCUGUAUCAUAGCAACGGUUCAAAUAGCUAUUACGAUCUUGUGCUGAAGAUUGACGGAAUGCUGGCCAUAUUAGGAGGUGAGCCUCGUUGGAUCUAUACAAUUAUUGGGGCUUUUCAUUUAAAAAAAAUUAAUGUUUGUUAUUGGCCAUUCCAAUGAGCUCAGCUAACUAUUUCUAUGUUAUGGAGAAAUUGAUUAAAAGGUCAUGAAUGAUUUAAAAAAAAGAUAAACAUCUUUUUUAUAGGGGUGGGGAUAUGAUUAAUAUAUGCGUUUCCGGAAAUAUAUUUGAAAGAAAUUUUGUCGACGGAAAAUUGAUCGACGGAUCUAUACAAUUAUUGGGGCUUUUCAUUUAAAAAAAAUAAAUGUUUGUUAUUGGCCAUUCCAAUGAGCUCAGCUAACUAUUUCUAUGUUAUGGAGAAAUUGAUUAAAAGGUCAUGAAUGAUUUAAAAAAAAAGAUAAACAUCUUUUUUAUAGGGGUGGGGAUAUGAUUAAUAUAUGCGUUUCCGGAAAUAUAUUUGAAAGAAAUUUUGUCGACGGAAAAUUGAUCGACGGACGUUUGAUCGAAUGGAAAUUUGAUCGAACGGAAGUUUGUUGGAAUGGAAGUUUGGUCGAAUUCGUUUUUCAGUCCAUGUAACUGAUGUCUUGAUUAUUUCAUUUACUACUAGGUGUCUUUGGCAUUGUUGGUGGCAUCGUCUAUUCGUCGUAUAUCGGUGGUUUCACUUACACCACAGACAGACUGGGCUGGGCCUCAAUCCUCACCAUUGCUGCAUCUGUUUUCACAUCCUUGGUUGGAUCUGGGCUUGUUUUAUUAUCAAUACCUAGAUUUAAGAACAGACUUAACGGGAAGUACGAGGUGAUACCUUCCCAUUAAAUAUGGCAACUUCAGAAAUAAACAAAUUAUGAUACGAUAUCUUCAAAGUAAGAAUAUAGCGAUAAAAUAUCACCCGGUGUUCUUUAGAAUUCGUUGUCGUCCAAAGACGCAUAGAUUGGUGUUGUGUUUACCUAUCCCCGACCCCGUUCCCCUUAAAUUGUACGGACGACCACAUGUAUAAUUUAUAAUCUAGUUACUGGUAGGUAGGCCUACUAGAUAUAGCUAUAUAUAUAGAUAUAGAUAUAGGCCUAUUCCGCCAAACAUUUUGUGCGCUAUCGAACUUAUUUUCGAACUAUACUUUCUUUCAAACAUUUAGAAUUAUUUGUAAUAUACUCUCAAUACCAAAUUCGCUGAUUAGGAAGCAGUCCAUUGGGAAGCUGUCAAUUAGGAAGCAGUCCAUUGGGAAGCAGUCCAUUGGGAAGCAGUCCACGAGUCACGCCAUAUUACUAAUAUAUAUAUAAGAGAUGUGUCGCCCAGCGUAAACUACACUAACGUCUUUUUUGAGAAUUCAUUUUAAGUACGGGAGAUCAUGGGAUGUGCCGCAGUGCUACUUAAAGUGGUGAUCCGCAAACACUCAGCCACCUGUCGGCAAAAGGAUUUACAACAGUUUUAAAAACAUCGUCAAAUAAGAUAGUCUAAACACUGUGCACCGAUCACCGCCGCAAUGUGGAUAGUUUUGUUCACCUCUUGUGCUGGCAUGUACAGAAAGUUUGAAACUUCGAGAAUAGAUUGUCUUGUAAAUGACUUAAAUAUCUGUAAGACAUAAGACAAGACAAUCUGGAAAGUUAGCCCAGACAUAACGAAAAACGUCAUGUGUAUCUACGUGGCCAGCAGUAGUUUUAGUUUUAGAUCAAACCAGAGACAAAGAUAAUAAGAAACAGUAGGUCUAGAUCAUUAGAAACAGUGUAUCUAGAUCAUUAGAAACAGUCUAUCUAGAUCAUUAGAAACAGUCUAUCUAAAUAAUUAUGUGUGAUGUUUAUAUGAUGUUGACUUUUGGAUUUGUAGAAAAUGUAAAUAAAAAAUGACGUACUGUUAUAGGCCUGAAGCUGAAUUUGUGUAAAAAAUUAUGUGUG